UGGUGGGCGCGCCCGCGGGGCUUGGCCCACACUGGCAGCGGCUCCUACGCACGGUGGACACCAUGGGCUCCUGUUCCGGCCGUUGCACGCUCCUAGCGCUCUGCGCUCUGCAGCUGGUCACCAUCCUGGAGAGGCAGGUGUUCGACUUCCUGGGCUACCAGUGGGCGCCCAUCCUGGCCAACUUUGUCCACAUCAUUGUGGUCAUCCUGGGGCUUUUCGGCACCGUCCAGUACCGGCCGCGCUACAUCAUGGUGUACGCUGUGUGGGCAGCCCUCUGGGUCACCUGGAAUGUCUUCAUCAUCUGCUUCUACCUGGAAGUCGGGGGCCUCUCGAGGGACAGUGAGCUCCUGACCUUCAACCUCUCCUGGCACCGCUCCUGGUGGCAGGAGCACGGGCCGGGCUGUCUGCGUGCGGGGGCGUCCUCAGCUGGACUCAGGACCCUGCAUGGCCAGGCCCUGGUGUCAGGCUCUGGCUGCGCCCUGGAGCCUGGCCAUGUGGAGGCCCUGCACAGCGGCCUGCAGAUCCUGGUGGCGUGUCCUGCUGGGCCCCCCACUGGCCAGCCCAGGCAGACGCCGCAUCCAUCCACACUGCCAGCCAGGCUCCGGCGGGCCAGGAGCAGGUUGCAUGAUGUUGCCUGGAGUGUGUAGGCCUGACCUCUUGGGCUCAGGGCCACCAGGUAUGACCUCGCCUGGUCUGGGGAUCUCUCAAAGCUUCCACAUUCUGUGAAGAAGGUUGUCUGCUUCUUGUUGGGUCCCUCACAUUGUACCCCAGCCAACUUGAAGAGAAAAAACUCCGACAGACAGUCAGUCUGUUCAAACAGAAAGCCCCUCACUCAGCUCGAGAGACUACAGUGAAUCUGUUUAUCAGGAUGGUUCCCAGGCCUAGUUCUCAGGCUUACAGGAAACCUUGUGAGUCUAUAGCAUGGAUCUCUGUAAAUCGGCAACAUGCUGAUGUCCUCCUGUACUUCCCUCCCCCAGAGGCACCAGACCCACCAAUCACCCCUGAGAAAUGUAAAUUUUCCACCUUCCUCAGUGGAA